GUCGGACCGACUGGCGGGCGGAGCCGGGCCUGCGGGGCUGCUGCGGGGCCAGCGGCCGGGCUGCGGGCGGCGCCAUGGACACUCAUGUCCAGCCUGAAGUCCAGCCUCACUGAGGUGGCCGCCCCCAAGGGCUUGCUACUGCAGGAGCCGCCCCGCAAGAGCUGACCAUGUCUAUCAUGGACCACAGCCCCACCACGGGUGUGGUCACCGUCAUUGUCAUCCUCAUCGCCAUUGCUGCCCUGGGGGCCUUGAUCUUGGGCUGCUGGUGCUACCUUCGGCUCCAGCGCAUCAGCCAGUCGGAGGACGAGGAGAGCAUUGUGGGUGAUGGUGAGACUAAGGAGCCCUUCCUACUGGUACAGUACUCAGCCAAGGGACCGUGUGUGGAGCGGAAGGCCAAGCUGACCCCCAACGGCCCAGAAGUCCACGGCUGAGCUGAGAUGCGGAGGGCUCCUGGUCCUGUUUGCAGCCAGCUGAAAGGCGACGGGUGGGGUGGAACCAUGGAACCAAGAGGAGGGGUUGACACCUCCUGGCAUUGCCUUGGCAGGCUUCGUCAUCGCAUGCACUGACUCCUGGGGCCCCAGACCUGAACCAGGAUCCGCUGGCCCUGGGCAUACCCGUGGCCUCCUGGCAGGCUGCCCAUUGCAGGCAGUGGGUAGACCUGACCCUGCUGGGGCUCAUGGCCCCAUAGUGCUUUUGUUACUUGAAUGUUUAGCUGAGCCUGUUUUUGAUGGAGCUACUACAGUAAUGCCUGAACUAACCAACCUGUGAACUGUAAAUAGGCCCCAGAAGCACGUGCUUAAGCCUUUUGGCUGAUGUUUUAAAAUACCACCUAGAGCACAUGGAACUGGUUUGAUUCUGACCGUACUAAUGAUGAGUG